AGAAUCAACAACACUGAAAGCAGCGAUUUGGUAACUCUUAUAAAACGCAUAAUGGAAGGUGCUUUUGUGACGUUAUUUUCUACAUUUGACUUUAAUGUAGAAAUAGAAAUGUUGACGAUGUCAGAAAUAACAACUAAGGCCAAGGCAAAACACCGAACAUGACUUCGUGUUUGUUAUUUCUGACAUUUGACCGAGUACUUGAACGCAUCGGCCGCUACCUGCCUGUGAGCUCAACUGAGUGAAAUCAUUCCGCGUGGAGACACACGCGCUCCGUGGGAGUUCCACGUUUCAGCGGCUGGAUGCGGACACUCGCUAACCGUCGUCAUGGCCAUGGAGAGCAGCCUGUGGAACAUGUGUGACUACAACCACAAUGUGACUUUCUUCUACCAGCUGGUGGGGAAGAAGAUCAGCGAGGUGUGGUCGACUCGGGACCGUGUGGUGAUCGGCCUGGGUUUGUCGGUGUGCGUCAUCGUGGUGCUGGCAAACAUGAUGGUGAUGAUCGCCAUAUUCAUCAACAGACGCUUCCACUUCCCCAUCUACUACCUGCUGGCCAACAUGGCUGCAGCAGACCUGUUUGCAGGUAUAGCCUAUGCUAACCUGAUGCUGCACACUGGCCCCUGGACCAGACUGCUCACCAAGGAGCAGUGGUACAUCCGCGGGGCUUUAAUUGACAUCAGCCUCACGGCGUCGGUGGGUAACCUGUUGGCUGUGGCCGUGGAACGCCACCAGACAGUCAUCACCAUGCAACUGCAUAGCACCAUGUCUAAGCGGCGUGUCACGCUGCUGAUCGUGUGCAUCUGGGCUGCGGGCAUCCUCAUGGGCCUGGUGCCCUCCAUGUUUUGGAAUUGUGAGUGCGACCUGGAUGACUGCUCCACCAUCGCGCCGCUCUACAGCCGCCGCUUCCUCAUCUUCUGGGCGAUUCUCAACCUGCUCACCUUCUUCAUCAUGGUGGCCAUGUAUGCGCGCAUCUUCCGCUAUGUGACGUACCAGAGCCAGUAUGCAUCUCAGCACACGUCAGAGACACGGCACAGCCAAACUGUGGUCAAUCUGAUGAAAACCAUCAUCAUAGUUCUGGGGGCCUUCGUAAUCUGCUGGACUCCUGGGCUCAUGACUCUCUUAUUGGAUGGGGUUAUGGGCAAACAUAGCCACGCCACCACCUAUGAGAAGUUCUGCUUGGUGAUAGCGGAGUGCAACUCUUUGGUCAAUCCCAUCGUGUAUUCCCUGCGGGACAGCGAGAUGAGGAGGACAUUCAAGUGGAUUCUGUGCUGCCUAUGUAGGAGAGGUGGCAGCCAGCAGAGGGAGCCCUCCGAUGUCAACUUUCACUCACCACUUCGAGAGGACAUUCACGGCUGUGAAGAAAAACCUGGAGAAAAACAGGACACAGGCGACGCGGACAGUUGGACGGCACCGAUGGUGUGACAGCUGUCAUUUGUUGUUUGCUGUCUACGAGGAGCCGUCAACUCCAACUAUCAUUCAGCUGCUCCUGUGGCGUACGAUUUCCUGCUGGACUUCUCAGAGUUUUCACAUUUGUGAAUUGAACUUCAAAGUAUAAAAAGUGCAUCUAAUGGGGGUAUUUCUUUUUUUUUUUUUACAUGCUGUCAGUGCUCUGGAAGCACCUUUUCUGGCAUAAUGUUCUGGACAAAAGUUUCAUUAAGAUUCACAUAUUAAUCAUAACAUGGUGCAAUCUCCUUUUAUUACAUUUGACUAUCACAAGAGCAUUUGUGACAAAUUAUAAAACAAAACACUCCUAAAUCUGAAAUGAAAAAGUGGGGGAGGGGAAAAGGGGAGUGGGGAAAAAAAAUCACACUAAAUCAUUUUUUAUUAAUUUUCUAUUAAGAACACUACAAUUUGUCAUAUUCUUCCUUUUUGUUUUACUCUUUCUAGAACAAUUCUAAAGUUGAGGUAUAAAAGGAGCUCAUAGACUCUGAAAACAGCGGGAGUUAUAUACAAGAGAAAUGGAAAGACGGAGGUAGAGAGGGAUAAAUACAAGGGAAAGAAAAGGUACAAAUAUACUAAAAGACAAAAUCCAAAAAGGUUUAAGAAGCCAUUUGGUGCUGCAGAAGUUGUGUUGACGCUCAGAACCAUGUUGGUUUCUGUGUUAGAAAAACUGUAAACAUUCACCAAGUUUUCAGUUCUGUAUUUAUGUGUUUUAAGAGAUUAAGCGUGAAGACAAAAGUAGUGGCUGUACUCCAUGACGGCACGAUUCAAACACCAUGUCGGUAGUUUUGUGAGUCUCUGGAGCGUUUACCUGCCGUAUGUGCAUAUUUUUACUGUCUCCGCUGAAAGCUUUUGAAGGUUACCAUGCGUGAUGUGCAAUGUGGUGUUUGGGGGGGGGGGGUCAAACACUUGUUAAUUUUUUUUCCACAGCACCAAAUGUUUCACCUGUAAACCUUAAUGCAACCCAGUUAUGUAACAAAAACCCCUCAAAUAUUCAUAACUAAUAUUUUGAGUUGCAUGACAUAAAAGCCAAGUAAUUCAAAAUUUAUAAAAGGAAGAAAAAAAAUACUGGAAACAUUUCACAAACUGUACAGUGACAUCCAUUACAAAGGGGAGGAAAGGGGGCCGUGAUAAUUUGGUGUGGCAAUAACAUUUCUAACAUAGUCAUAUGAACUGUAAUGAGUAACAAAAAACGAGUAAUAAAAUCUGGGUUAUUAUUAUCACAUAUGAGCAGUUUAUAAGCUCAAGAUUUGUUCUGUAACAUACUGGUUAAACAAAACUUUAACUGAAAGUUAAAUCUUCAUAAGGCGUUACCUUACCAUCAAAAAUGUUUUCAUCCCAGGACUGUUAAAAGUAUAAAAUAUAGUCCC